AUGGCAGCAGCAGCAGCAGCGGUCAUCAGCGGCGGCCGGUGGACGCGCGUCCGCACGCUCGGCCGCGGCGCGUCGGGCGCCGUGGUGUCGCUCGCCGCCGACGACGCCUCGGGCGCGCUCUUCGCCGUCAAGUCGGCCCCCGCGGGGACGGCGGCGGCCGAGCACCUGCGUCGCGAGGGGAGCAUCCUGUCCGCGCUCCGGUCCCCGCACGUCGUCCCCUGCCUCGGCCUCCGCGCCGGGGCCGACGGGAGCUGCCAGCUGCUCCUCGAGUUCGCGCCGUGGGGCUCGCUCGCGGACGUGGCGGCUCGGGGCCUCGGCGACGAGCGCGCCAUCGCGGCGUACGCCGCGGACGUGGCGCGGGGCCUGGCGUACCUCCACGCGCGGAACGUCGUGCACGGGGACGUCAAGGCGCGGAACGUCGUGGUCGGCGCCGACGGCCGCGCCAAGCUCGCGGACUUCGGGUGCGCCAGGGCGGUGGGCGGCUCCGGCUCCGGCUCCGGCGCCGCCUCCGCGCGCCCCACCAUCAUCGGCGGCACGCCGGCGUUCAUGGCGCCCGAGGUGGCGCGCGGGGAGGAGCAGGGACCCGCCGCCGACGUCUGGGCGCUGGGGUGCACCGUCGUCGAGAUCGCCACGGGCCGCGCGCCGUGGAGCGGCGUGGUGGACGACAGCCUCCCCGCGGCCGUGCACCGGAUCGGGUACACCGACGCCGUGCCGGAGGUGCCGUCGUGGAUGUCGGCCGAGGCCAGGGACUUCUUGACCCGCUGCUGCUUCGCGAGGAACCCGCGCGACCGGUGCACGGCGGCGCAGCUCUUGGAGCACCCGUUCCUGGCCGGCUGCGGCGGCGUCAAGGCAGCGGCGGCGGCGGCGGCGGCGGAAUGGGUGUCUCCCAAGAGCACGCUGGACGCCGCGCUCUUCUGGGAAUCCGACGACUCCGACGAUGACUCCGAUGACGAAGGCGACGUGUCAGAGAGCCCCGCCCAGAGAAUCAAGGCAUUGGCCUGCCCCGGCUCGGCCUUGCCGGACUGGGAUUCCGAAGAAGGCGACUGGAUUGAAGUGCUCGACGAGCAAUGUGAAGCCAAAGCCACCAAUUUGGUGCCAACCGAAGAUGUGGCCAGCGAAGACGAGUGCCAGCUCCUCCAGAGCGAGGUGUUGGAAACAGAGGUGGUUGAUUUCAUCGACGCCGACGCCGAGGGCGAUGAUCCUGAGUGUUCUGUAGCUGUAGGAUUACCUAGUGCUGCUCCGUCAGUUGAGCUGCAGGAAGAACAGCGUACUGUACUUCUUACUGAUGCUUGUCACAGUCAUCACAAUAUUGAAAUGUCAAAAUCCUUUUUACUGCAAAACUGUCCCCUCUUUGUUCCGUCUUGUGUUCUACCACUAUUUCAUUCUGCUAAAAUGAUUAUCCGUUUCACAUUGGUCCACAGAGAAAUUCUAGAACUGCCUAAUUUGUGCGAUGCGACAAUUCCAGAAACAUUGUUCUAGUAGUUCUAGACCGAG